AUGCCUGGACUAAAGUUUGACAAGUCUACCAUUCCGGACUUGGAUGGACGAGUCCUUCUCGUAACGGGAGGGACCGGCGGUAUUGGAGCCGAGAUCGUCGUCGAGCUAGCAAAACAUAAUCCCGGCCGCAUCUUUUUCACCGGCCGCAAUGUCAAAGCUGCCGAGAAGACUACAGAGCGCAUCAAGGCGGUCGCGCCUAACGUCUCUACUACUUUCGUAGCAUGCGACCUGGCGAACCUCGCGACGGUUAAGGAAGCCGCCGACAAGAUUCUCGCCGAAACUUCGCGUCUCGACAUAUUCCUCGCCAACGCCGGCAUCAUGGCCGUGCCGGCAGGUCUGUCGACCGACGGCUACGAGGUGCAUUUCGCCACAAACCACAUGGGCCACGCCCUACUGACCAAGAAGCUGCUACCGCUGCUCGAGCAGACGGCCGAUAUGCCCGGCUCGGACGUGCGCGUCAUCUACACGACGAGCCUGGGCUGGCGCAACGGGACCCUCGACUUCCCCCAUCUCAAGACGACGCAGGAGUCGGCCGUCCUGGGCCGCUGGAUUCGCUACGGCAACAGUAAGCUCGCCAACAUGCUGUACGCCCGCGAGCUGGCCCGUCGCCAUCCCAAGCUGCUUUGCUUCAGCGUCCACCCGGGCGCCGUCGAGACCGGUCUGGUGAAUAAUCUCAAGUUUACCGACCGGCUUUUCGUCCGUGUCUCGAUGAUGGGCACGAUCUCGCCGGAGGAGGGGACCUUUAACCAUCUGUGGGCCGUUAGCGCUCCUCGGAACUCAAUCAAACAGGGAGGUUUCUAUGAGCCGGUCGGCGUCUUUCCCUCGGAGGAUGCUGCGAUUGCCAAGGAGAAGAAGUUUGGCCAGAAGCUUUGGGAGUAUACGGAGAAGGAGCUGGAGAAGUGGAUGAACUAGCUGGCAGGUGAUGAUGAAAAGACCACGAGAAAUUGACUGCACUUUUGUCUUAUAACUGCUAUAUACCUAUACUAGUACCCUUCGAAUGAACCCUUUAUCCCUUUGAGCGUUAGUUAUACAGUACAUUUCAU